AUGGUAUCAGCACACAGUAAACGAAACACCUCCCGUCCAGUCUUCACCUCUCACGAACGCGCCCUCGCAAAAUCCCACUGGUCAUCUUCGUCCGCUCGCCUUCACCGCGACUCAUUCCUCCCAUUUGGCUCCUGUGGUCUGUGUCUCAACAUCGCCCGCGAUCCCGUCUCAUGUCGACGCGGCGAUAUAUUCUGCCGUGAAUGCGCACUAUCGAACAUACUCACGCAGAAGAAGGAUAUCAAACGCGCCCAGAAGGCACGCGCCGCUGCUGAGGAAGAGGCCGCUAAGCAAAAAGCGCACGAGGAUGAGCUGGAUCGCGAGCGCACCAUUCAAGAUUUUGAGUUGACGCAGGCUGGUCUCGAUCGCAAGAACAAGGCAAACGUAACCAAGACCGACGAUGAAAAGGUGGAUGCGACGAUCAGCGAUUCGAACUCGCAAGCUUUGGUAGUAGAUACGAAGCGUAAGUUUGAACUCGACAAAGACGAGCUGGAUCGCAUUGCGCGCGAGGACAAGGUCAAAGCCAGGAAAGCGCUGGAAGAGGAAAAGGCUGCGAAACCACAUCUCCCAUCAUUCUGGACUCCGUCACUUACACCAGACGCCCAAUCAAGCAAACUCCCACCAGUUGCGAAGAAAGACAAGACCGUACCAACAUGCCCAGCAUCUGGAUCCGACAGUCCCCACCCUAUUACCAUGCAAAAUCUCAUCACAAUUAACUUCAACGAAGAGGAAACGUCAAAGGGCAAGCAGAGGACUUGCCCGUCAUGCUUAAAGAUGCUCACAAACGCCUCCAAUCCCAUGAUGACCAAAGAGUGUGGUCAUGUUUUGUGUCACAGUUGCGUUAAACAGUUCAUGAUCCCAUCAUCCAAAAAGACAUCUUCUGAGGAUGUUCCACCCCUGACCUGCUACGUCUGCGACGUACCUCUGACCUCCAAGUCACACAAGACAGAUACCGCCCCUGGCUCUUCGAUGCCUGGCUUGAUAGCCCUCCAGUCCGAAGGGACAGGCUUUUCAGCUCACGGAGGAAACACCGUGGAGCGAUCGAGCGUCGCUUUCCAAUGUUGA